AUGCCUGCCGUGUCAACCUCAAAUUCCAGCUCGCGCAGCGCCACCAAGCGCCUGCUGCGCGAACUCGCGGCUUGGGAAAAGGAAGCUCCCGGUGAGACGGGCAUCGAGAGGCUAGGGCCCGUGGGCGAGGACGAGCUACUCCACUGGGAAGCGGUGAUCAACGGACGGGGGAUCGGGAACGGUUACGACGAAGGCCGCUGGCUCCUCCAGAUCCAGAUCCCGCCGUCGUACCCGCUGGCGCCCCCGAAGAUGACGUUCGCGACGCCCGUGGUGCACGCCAACGUGGCGCUGGAGAGCGGCGAGAUCUGCCUAGACCUGCUCAAGGACGCCUGGACGCCCGCGUACAGCGUCCUGGAGUGCGUGCGCGCCGUGCGCAUGCUGCUGGGCUACCCGGGCACCGACAGCCCCCUCAACGUCGACGUGGCCGCCCUCAUACGCUCCGGGGACGGCGUCGGCGCGCGGAGGCUGGUCGAGUUCUGGGUCGGCGACGAUGGGGGUCGGUAUGAUGGCCGAUAG